GCAGUUUAUAAGAAAAAAUAUGUUUGAAUCUGCUGCCAAAACAAAAGACGUAGGCUAAGGCUAACUGCCUCUGUGUCAUUCAUUCUGCCCAGAUCAGGAUAUAACAGGCAUUUUCCUUCACUGAUUCUUGGGUAUCUAUGGUAAUGAUGUGUUGAGUUGGAUUGUCUUUCAUAGCUGCUAUCUACUUUGGCUGACUCUCACAUCUGUUGGCCAUUAUAUAACAAGAAGCCUUGCUUUGUCAGCCCCCCACUAUUCAGCCAUUCCAAAAUGGCCCCCAGAACAAUGGGUCCGUUUCAUAGCACGAUGGAGGUCAGAGUGAGUUAUCAACACUGGGGCAUGAAAUGUUGGGGGGAAAGACUUAUUAUCCCAGUUUCUGGAGCAUAAUUAGGCAAAAACCACCACCCAUAAUUAGACACUCCAGUUGUAAGGAAUGCAAGGGCACUGGAGUCAGUGACAGACAGACAUGGCCAUUAGACCACAUCAAAUAGAGUGAACAAGAGAGCUUAUUACAAAGGAACUGAGGUCAGGCAUUCUUCUUUUACAAGCUGCUUCAAAUAAUGUUGUGAGAGAGUGAUUGCUCUGAGGAGACUAGAUUAGGGCUAUCUAUUAAUGAGUAAAGGGCAAUUCCACCACUCUUCAACCUCAUUUUCAUUAUGUCCAGCACAUUAUGUAAAAACUGCGCAUUUAUUUAAAAGGUUAAUCGGUUCUACCCAAUGACGACAUCAUCAAAAGUUAAAACAUUUUAAAAACAGUGAUUUUCAAACACUAUGAGAUUCACAGUGAUGUGGGGAGCAAGAUAAUACCCUCCCUCUGGCUAGAAAACUCCCUGCAGGUUUUGAAAAUCACUAUUGUUUUUUUUACUUUUAAUCCCACACUGUGAUGUCACAGAUAAGCAUUUUUGGGGGGAUCUUCCAGGGCUCCUCCCUUCAGCUGAUCUGGGAUAUAAAGGAUACCAGAACAUCACACAUCACACACUCACAGGUACUCAGGCUAAAUCAAUUGGUGUUAUUGUCUCUGGCUCUGUAUGGUCUCCUUCUUUCUCACAGAUCCUCUGUCAGAUCCUCUCAGGUCUCUCAUGUGUGACGGAACACGGAGCACUGAAAGGAACACAGAAGGAGCUCCAGAAACAACAGAAUUACCACCAUGUCUGCAGGGUUGGAGUUAGUGGGGAUCGCUCUAUGCGUAUUAGGAUGGAUCAUUGCCAUCGUGUCCUGCACCCUGCCCAUGUGGCGAGUAACAGCCUUCAUCGGCAGCAACAUCGUCACGGCUCAGAUCAUCUGGGAGGGUCUGUGGAUGACCUGUGUGGUCCAGAGCACAGGCCAGAUGCAGUGUAAGGUCUAUGACUCCAUGCUGGCUCUCUCCCAGGACCUCCAGGCCGCCAGGGCUCUCACGGUCAUCUCCAUCCUCCUGGCCAUCCUGGCCGUGCUCAUCGCCAUCGCCGGCGCCAAGUGCACCAACUGCAUCGAGGACGAGGCAUCCAAAGCUAAAGUCAUGAUAAUCUCUGGGGUGUUCUUCAUCGUGUCAGGAGUCAUGCAACUGAUCCCAGUGUCCUGGUCGGCCAACACUAUCAUCCGGGACUUUUACAACCCGCUGCUGACUGAUGCACAGCGCAGAGAGCUAGGGGCAGCGCUCUACAUUGGCUGGGGGGCCUCAGCCCUCAUGAUCCUCGGGGGAAGCCUCCUCUGCUACUCCUGUCCCCCUAGGAAGUACAAGCCCUCACAGAUGGCAUACUCUGCCCCAGGUGGGCCUGGGUUCCAGAGAAAAGACUAUGUGUGAUGGGACAAUGGAUGGGACAAGGACUAUUUAUGUAACAACCAAAAAUGUUAUUCUACACCUGUUUCUAAUGGUGUGUCUAAGAAAGGGCUUCAUGAACAGAGUUCAUGAAUGAAGGAGACUCCGUGAUGAAGGGAUGUGUUUUAUCAUUGUUUUGUUGGAUUUGUCUAUGUGUGUACAGUAUUUGUCUCUGUAUUAUCUCUUCUGAAAGGAAAGCAUAGAAGUUCUGUCUGUGUCAGAAAACAUUUGAGAAGGAUCAUGUACUUUCCAUUUGGGUUUAGUGAGAACAAAGGAAAUUAAGAAUAAGAUCAGUAGUUAUUAAAUGUUUUAAGUAUUAAAACGUUUUAAGUGUUGAAUUAUUGGUGAGCUAUGCAUAUUCAUUGAAACUAUAUCAAGCUCAUUUAAAAACA